UGCCAAUUUGUAUUUUUUUGUAAAAACAUUACAUUAUAAAUCAGAUCUUCUCCGAAAAUUAAAUAUAAAAACCUUAAAACUCGAAUAUAAAACUUUAUUAUAAAAUAAACUCAAAAUAAAAUUAAAAAAAAGGCCAAGUUGGCAGCCGUGUUUACUCUCCGGAAAAUCUGGCAGAAGUUAAAUUUUGUUUCCAAACAAAAAGCCAAAUCCAUUUCGAUAUAGUCUUGGAAUCGUAAUUAUUUAUUCACAAAAUUUAUACAAUAUUAUAUACAUAAACGAGGGCAACAUAAGAUAUCGCAGAGAAGCAGCGAUAGCCACCAACAGAUGACCGAUCGCUUGCACUUUCCUUUUUCGGACGAGAAAAUCUAUAAUAGCAUUUCGGAUUUGCGUCGUGAAAAUCCAAAACAAAGAAAAUCAACUGUGUCUUUAAAGGGAGAACGUAGGCGCAUAAAUAGUUGUACGUAAAAUGCCUACCCUGUUCGCGCUGCUUAAAAACAACUUGAGCGACGUCCACCCGCUGCACAACAUAGACCUUGACAAGGAUGUGGCCUAUUUGAAGGAUGCGGUUGCAAAGGAGCUGCAGCUGCAGUUCGAAGCCAAUGAACUGGAGAUCAUUCAUCACGGAAAGGUUCUGGAGGAUGCGGAUACAAUAAGCAAGUCCGUGCAGCCAAACGCCGUGAUCCACUGCUUCAAAAAGACCAAGCGCUAUACCCCCUAUGUGCCGCCGGCUGCUUCCGAGAUAAACACCAAGCACAUUCAGGAGCUCUUCUCGCUGACCUCGCACUUGCAGAUCAGUGUCACCUCUCGCUUCAACAUCUUGCAAAAGAUCCUUGCCGAGUAUCCAGAGUUCAGGCGUAAUCUGGGCGCCCAGGCCCUGAUCCGCGACUCUGUUCUAUUUAACAUGUUGCACGAGCCGGAGGUGGUUCAGAAUCUGGUACGGGACUACCCGCUCAUCUGCGAAGCCGCUCCAUUCAUUGUCGACACCAUACGCAAGGAACUAGCCAGAAAUAGCUCCGCUACCCAGUUUCAAGAACAAGCUGCUUCGGAGUCCACCACGUCAUCGGAGGAGGAGAACUCUCUGGGCGCUGGGAGCAGCAGCAGUGGUGGAAGCAGCAGUACCGCCGUCACCGCCAACAUUCGCCAGAUCAGCCGCCAACAACUGGCCAACGCUCUGGCCAAUGUCACCUCGUUCAACUCGCUGUCGAGUAUCGCCCAGAGAAAUGCGGACGAGGCGCAGCAAGUAGGAAGUGGGCCAUCAGCUGCUGCGCCAGCACCAUCGACUGCUCCUGCUGCUGCAAGUACCAGCGGAGCUAGCGGCAGCGGCGGAAUAUCCUCCGAGCUAUUCCGCAAUGAAUUAGACCGGGUUUUCCAGUCAUUGGCUCAACAACAGCCCCCGAGUCAGGUGGAGAACAUGGAUGUUGAGCCCGGAAACGCAUCAUCAACGGAUACUUCAGCCAUGUUGGAUGUCCACGAAGAUGACGACGAUGAUGAUGGUGGUGACGACAGUGACGUUUUGCCGCGUUGCUAUCGCCGUCAUCGUUUCACCGAGCAGCUCCGUACCAUGGCAGCCAUGGGAUUCAUCAACCAUACCCAGAACGUCAACUAUCUGACCUUAGCUGAUGGGAAUGUGGAGCACGCCAUAAACUUGCUGAUGUUGGGAAUGAACUAAGACCAGAGACUAUUAUUUGCUGAUGAUUAUUUUAUGAACUUAUAUUUAUUCUGCUGCUGCUGCUGCUGCGUCUGAGGAUUCUGAAGCAUUCAGCUCACGAGUAAAGCAAAGAAUGUCUCUGAUAAAUUGUAAUAAUUAAAAUACACUUAGGGGAACCGA